AUGUAUAAUUUGAAACGUAGACGGGAAUCUGUUGCAACUGUUUAUAAAAAGACAACUAAAUUUCUAACAUCAAACACAAUUAAUUUAUUGAAAAAAAUGCCGAAUACUAGAAAAUAUUGUUUUCUAGCCAAAAUCGUUGAUGAGUAUGAAGGCGAAAUUAAGAACAGAAAAAAAGAAGAUGAUUCGGAAAAUGGAGAAUCAGACGACGGAGAGAGAGAAUUAGAUUAUUAUCUAGGUGUAAGAGCGAAAGAAGUUUACUGGAGAGAUCCCGCAAGACAAGAACAGAUUAGAAGAGAUUAUUUAAUAUAUCACUGCGGUGUUUCCGAAGAAGACUAUGAUAAAAUAUAUAAAAGAACAAUCAUCAAGCCAUCUUACAUUGUUCAACCGAGAUUUAAGCAAGUACCGUUUAAAAUAUAUAAGAAAAGAGAAAAAAAUCUACGUGAAGGUGCUACGGAAUCUUGGUGCGAGAAGAAAGGAAUAUUCAAGUUAUUUGGCAACAGAAAAGAGAGUGAUACAACGUCUGAGAGUUACAGUGAGUGUGAUAAUUCAGAUGAAGAUAUCACGGAUGCCAGGAAAUGUUUCGAUCAGAUUAAAAUAUUUGAUAGUUCCGAUAACAUAUCUUCAGAGGUAUUACUAUGUUUUAUAUCUCACGUAUACAAUAUAAUACAACUUAAGAUAAAGGAAGUGUCAGAAGGCAGACCGUGCGAUAACUGUCCAGAGUUAUGUCCCGGCUUCGUCACACACCCUUGGAGAAAGACCUGCAAGUCAUGUGGGUGUGAUCGGCUGAAGCACUCGGUGUACCACGAGGAGCUGGGGUCGGUGAGGGACCGGCUGGGACUGCGAGAGUCGCGACACAUCAGCUAUGACAAUAGUCCGCCCGGACUUACUGCCAAACAGACCGAAUUGUACUGGUCGUCUCUUUCGGAACGUGCGCCAUCUAUCGGGGGUGCCACGGGAACAGCGGCGUGGCGCGCUUGGCGGACCAGAGCCCUGGCGACCCAGCUGCCGCCACAGGAUCUAUCUCUGGCGCACUGUAAAAAUAUUGAUGAAGUUCACCGUAAACAGUUCGAGGAUUUCAUUGCUGCACGAAAUGAAAUAGCUCUGGAUAUAGGUUUCGCUAGUCAGCAUCAUGGUACACCCAUAGAGUGUAUGGGAUGCUUAAAACCUAUACGCAGUGGUAGUAUUCUUAUUCAAGCACCGAGGAUAGGAGAAGAGGCCUCAUUCCACGCGGCCUGCUUCACCUGCUCGGAAUGCGACGAACUGCUGGUAGAGUUGGCGUACUGCUCGCUCGACGGUCGUCUCUUCUGCGUCCGACAUUACGACGAGAGGCUCAAGCCGCGGUGUCAUGCCUGUGAUGAGCUGAUUUUCAGUGGCGAAUAUACGAAGGCGAUGAACAAGGAUUGGCACAGCGGUCACUUCUGCUGCUGGCAGUGCGACGAGUCGCUGACCGGCCAACGCUAUGUCCUGAGGGAUGAGAACCCUUACUGCAUCAAGUGUUACGAGAACGCCUUCGCUAACGGCUGCGAAGAAUGCAACAAGACCAUUGGCAUCGAUUCUAAGGAUCUGUCAUACAAGGACAAGCAUUGGCACGAGGCAUGCUUCCUGUGCGCCAAGUGCCGCGUGUCUCUCGUGGACAAGCAGUUCGGCUCCAAACACGACAAGAUCUACUGCGGAAACUGCUACGAUGCUCAGUUCGCCAGCAGGUGCGAUGGCUGCGGCGAGGUCUUCCGUGCUGGAACCAAGAAGAUGGAAUACAAAACACGUCAGUGGCAUGAGAAGUGCUUCUGUUGCGUGGUUUGCAAGAACCCCAUCGGUACCAAGAGCUUCAUCCCGCGUGAACAGGAGAUCUACUGCGCUGGGUGCUACGAGGACAAGUUCGCCACUCGGUGCAUCAAGUGUAACAAGAUCAUAACGCAAGGAGGCGUGACAUACAAGAACGAGCCGUGGCAUCGCGAAUGCUUCACUUGCACCAACUGCGACACCUCGCUGGCAGGACAACGGUUCACUUCGCGCGACGAGAAGCCCUACUGCGCCGAGUGCUUCGGGGAAUUGUUCGCUAAGAGAUGCAUAGCCUGUACCAAGCCCAUUACUGGUAUCGGUGGCACUCGAUUCAUUUCCUUCGAAGACCGACACUGGCACAACGACUGCUUCAUCUGCAAGUCGUGCAAGACCUCGCUCGUCAACAAGGGCUUCAUCGCCGAUGGCCCCGACAUCAUCUGCUCCGAAUGCGCCAAGGAGAAACUCAAGUAAAUCCACUCUCACGCUUCCAAUCUCGCUCUAAUGCACAAGCAACGACCUUUCCAGCAUUUGCAAGACACAAUUGAUGGCCAACUGUUACACCGUAGAGUUAUUGGAGAAAUUAGAAAACAUAAUUUAGCAUAAUUUAAGGUCACUUAGUACUCCCAUGUGUCACAUGUCAUAAUAAUUGCUCUGGCUACGUCAUUUCGCUUACAUAUUUAUAUAUAAUACAUUUAUUACUCAUGUGUUAACAUUUAUUUUGUGCUUGUGCAGCGACAAAAUAGUUCUGCCUCUAGUCGCUAAAGCGCGAGACUGGUGUGCUUUCAAAACGCAAGAAAUGCCCAGCGACAAUCUGUUCGAUCUUGUGGGCAAAACUCGCUUCCGCAAGGUCAUCCCUAAGACGAAAGUCGCGAAGUAAUGAUAUUUUUAUACAAAACAUUAAAAAAAAACACAAAAAAAAGUGAAUGCACAAAACGAACAGUAAAUUUCGCUCUUCUAUUGAAUGUUAAGAUGUUUAUAUAUAUUUUGGUUGUUUACUAAUUACAUCGAUAUCGAUAUAUAGUCGUGUGUAUUUACUGAACAUCCCUAUUCGCUACGUAAGCUGUACGGUAUUCACUAAUCGCCAUAUUAUUUCGCUUUGGUUGUUGUAUUUAGUCCCUAGACUCGGUUUGUAUUAUAUCUAGUGCAAUUCACAUGAUGCCUUAUUAACAUAUCUAAGUCAAUUUUGAGAGUACCUGUGUUGUAUCAUAGAGUUAGAUCAUCGACAACACAUGAUACGUCUCGUUCUUAACUUACUUUUUGAAUUAUAUUGUUAGGUAUCAUUUAGUUGUCAUUGUUAUAUCAUAGUAACAUAGAGAUAAGUGUAUGAGUUAUUGACGGAUUAUUGUACUCUUAUGUUAAGUAUUUAUUUACCGUAGAGAACGAUAGUACGAUAUGUUGACAGAUGCCAACAGAGAUUUACUAACCUGUGUUGCCAUACUCGUCAAACAAGCUUCCUAACACAUUGUUAUAUUAUAUUUAGUUCUUACUAAUAUAAAUAAUUAAAAAGAUUAUUGUUCUCGAAUAAGAAAGUGUUACAAUAAUGUAAAUGUAUCUAUUUUUACCUAAUAAUGAUUAUUUUUUUAGUGUAGUGUGAUAAGGUGAAUAACAUCUGAAUGAUAGACCAUUAUGUUGUGGGAACAUAUUUUAAAAGGGUAAUUAAGCUUAAAUUAUAAAAUGUUAAAAGUUAUAUAUAUAAUGUGUAAACAUUAAAAAUGCUUAGCUGUGUGAUCUGAUCUAAUAUUCUUGUAUGUAUCUAUCUACCCAUAGAUUGUAUUAUAUUAUAAAACUAAAUUAAAUUAUCGAAAUAACUUCA